AUGAAAAAAAAUCCUGGUGGGGCCAAUGGCCCAAGCUCUCAUUCGGAUGCCAGGGAGGGCAAUACUCGCGUCACUCAUGAAAGCUUAGCAAAAAAGGACGAGGGAGUGAAAAAUGCAGAAGAGGGAAAUGAUGAAGGGGAGAGUGAAGAGCAGAUGAGGGAGAGAUUGGAGAGAGAGAGAUUUGAGAAGGAGUUGAUUGAAGAUCAUAAGAGAAAGAAAAGUGUGGAAAAAUCUCCUCCGGAGGAGAGUGAGACUGACAGCAACAUUGCAGGAGAUGUGAGACAGAGGACCAAGAGAAAGGCGAAUAGCCCAAAGGAGAAUCUGGAGGCUAAAAGGAAAAACGUGGGUAAGGAGAGCGAGGAAAGUGAAACGGAACCAGAUGUAGAGGUUGAGGAUGAGUUUGAAAGGAUAAGGUUCAUGAUGGAGCAGUUGGUUAAGAACAUGGAAGACAUGGUAUUAAAAAAGAAAAUAUCGAAGUCGAACUGUGAGAGACAAAUGGUAUUGGCAAGAGAAGUGGAGAAAAGCCUGAGAAAUAUCGAAAUAGAACAAGCAGAAAUGAGGGGGAGAUUGAAGGAAAGAAAGAAAGUAGUUGAGGAGGUAGUAAGGGUUGUAGGUAUGAGGGACAAGGUGGUGAAGGAAGGCGGGGAUGGAGUACAAAGUUAUGCGGAAGCGGCAAGUGGAAAAGGAGAAAAGGAACAGAGAGCAGAUGGAACAAUUCCAAAAGGGAAAGUAAGAACAGAGAUUAUAUUAACAAUGGAGGGGUGUGACCCAGAAGAAGUAAAAGCAAGGUUCAUGAGGAACAAACCAAAGGAUAUAGGAGUGAAUAUAGACAAAAUAAUCAAGACAAGAAGGGGUGUAAUACUGGAGGUUAACAGUAGAGAGGAAGCUGAAAAACUGAAAGGAAAUCAGAAGUUAAUCGAAGAAGGAUACGAAAUGAAGGAGGGAACAAAGAAAAACCCGAUGGUAUUAAUUUAUGAUGUAGAUGCAGGGAGUAAGGAAGAUGAAGUGAUGAAGGAGAUGUGGGAGAGAAAUGUCAUGGAAAUAGGCAUGAAGGAGGAUGAGUUCCUCAGAGCAGUCAAAGUCAGAAGAAAAAUGAUACAGAAAGGAAAAGAUGGAAAUAGAGAAGAGAGGAAUAAAGGCGAAAACUGGAUAAUGUAA